AUGAUCCACCGGCAGCUCGUUUUGUCCCAGAACUUGUACCAGAAUAGGUUCCUGGGCCUAGCAGCUAUGGCCUCCCCAACUCGCAGCAGCCAGACCCGCCAACGCUGCAAGGGUGCGGUUCGGCACAGCUACGGCCCAGACAGCUACGCUGUGAACGGCCUGAACCAGGAGGCCUUUAUGCUUGGGCUGGCAAGGUCCACCAGUGACACCGAUCUGGUCUCGCCGGAUGCCCGAUCCACCCUCACCAUCAGCUCCUCCCACUACACCAUAGGUCAGUCUGAGGACCUGGUUAUCACAUGGGACAUCAAGGAGGACGUGGAUGCUGGAGACUGGAUUGGAAUGUAUCAAGUUGAUGAGGCUUUGUCGGAGAACUUUCUGGACUAUAAGAACCGAGGAAUCAACGGCUCCCACAGGGGACAGAUAGUUUGGAAAAUUGACUCCACCUCCAACAUCAUCGACUCUGAGACCCAGGUCUGCUUCAGGUACUACCACGGCGUCACUGGAGCACUGAGGGCUACAACACCCACUGUAACCAUCAAGAAGGGCCCGGCACCCGUAUUAAAGCCAGUGGUUAGUCCUGAGGUCAACCAUGGACUGGGCAACAGGAGACUCAUCAACUUUUCCUUGUCAGACCUCCAGGCAGUUGGUUUGAAGAAGGGGAUGUUCUUCAAUCCUGACCCCUACCUGAAGCUCUCCAUCCAGCCUGGAAAGCACAGCAUCUUCCCCUCGCUGCCACACCAUGGCCAGGAGAAACGCUCUGGAGUGGUCUGCAACACUGUCAACCCACAGUGGAGCAUAGAGAGGUUUACCUUUGUGUCUCUGCCUACUGACGUCCUGGAGAUCGAGGUGAAGGACAAGUUCGCCAAGAGUCGACCGAUCAUCAAGCGUUUCCUGGGGAAGCUCUCUGUCCCUGUCCAGAGGCUCCUGGAAAAACAUGCCAUUGGGGAUCGGGUCGUGAGUUACUCUCUGGGCCGCAGGUUACCGACAGAUCAUGUGUGUGGCCAACUGCAGUUCCGCUUUGAGCUGAGCUCCUCCAUCCACCAAGAUGAGGACUCCCUGGUCAUCGAGCCAGCCUGUCCUGAGGAGGAGAAUGCAGAAGAUGCCAACCAUGCUGCUGAUCCACUUGAUGAUGACACACUGAGCGUAGGACCAGACAUGCCUGACCUGCCCUUAGAUGCCUCUCCUAACUCUGAGACGUCUGCACCCCCAGCCUCCGCAGCUGAGGAGUCAAUGCCAGAGGAGGUGCGACCUGGUGCUGAGAUGGAGAUUGAGGCGUCACCGGAGUUGGAGCAUGGAUCCACGGAGGAGGAGAGCACAGAGAGGCAGGAGCCCCCGUCUACUGAGCCGCAGGUGGAACAGGAGGAGGGGGCCUCAGCUCCGCAGCAGGAGGAGAGCAGUGGAGUAGGGGAAAACGAGGGAGGAAAGGAAGACAGGCAGUCGGAGGAAGAAGAGGAGGAGCAGAUGGAAGUGUCAGCACCACAGGUGGAGGAGGGAACAGAGGAAGAUAUGGAGGUUGGGCAGGAAACUCAGCCAAAGCCAGACUGUGACAAUCCUGUAGCACUAACAACAAAUGAUGGGGGCACUACUGUGGAGGAUCCCACUGAGGAAACCCAGGACGCUCCUGGAGAGCCAGCGGGCAGUGCCCAACAGGAGGUGACAGAGGGUGGAGAGAGAGGCUGCAUCCCCUGUGCUUGCAAGUCCCUGUUCUCAAACAGCAACUCCCAUGCUCCCUCGCGCCGUAAAACCCGCCCCUGCUCCCUCCCUGUGUCAGAGCUGGAGACAGUUAUCGCCUCGGCCUGUGGUGAGCCGGAGACGCCGCGAUCCCACUACAUCCGGAUUCACCACCUCCUUCACAGCCUCCCAUCGGCCCAACAGAGAGCUCCUAGCCAGGAGGAAGAUGAGGCCGAAGAGGGAGAGAUCACAAUCACCUCUCAAGAUACAUCCUCCACAUCACCUACGCUCAAAACAUCCAAAGACAGAGAGGAGGAGGUGCAGGAGGAUGAGGAAGAGGAGGAUACAGCCCAGUCGCCUUCUCAGGUCCUGGAGUGUCCAGGUCCCUGCUGCCGGCGGUCUCUCCCCCGCAGCCUCUCAAUCGAACGCCUCUCUGAGCUUAACCAGCUCCUGGAGGGUGAAGGAGGACACCCAGCCAUCAGGAGGAUCUCUCCCUCCUGUUUAGAGAACGAGGAGGGGGACUCCAGUACCGGAGGAGGAGGAAGAAGAGUCGGCGGGAGCACCAACAGACCUCCGAACGAAAACGAGUGCGAGUUCUGCGACAGGUCCUGCUACAGCACGUCCUGCUACAGCACUUCCUGUUACAGUACGUCCUGCUACAGCAACUCAGGCUAUGAGGGGAGGAGCCGCUUCUGCAGCCACACCCGCCUGUCAUCAGUGGACAGCAACCGGCUCUCCGGCAGCACUGUGUUCUCCUCGCAGGAUGAAGAAGAAGAUGAGGAGAGCGCCUUCGAGUCGGUACCUGAUACGGCCAAUGCACCCGAGGGCCAGGAGGCCGGGGGGGCGGGAGGCGAGAGGAGGACGGGGAGGUGUAAGGAGGCCAGAAGGGGAGAGCAGGUGGAACCAGCUGUGGCCGGGCCCAGCGACAGAAACAGCAAUGGCUCAGACUUCUCCCCUCCUGUCGGCCAUCUUCCAGUCCUGCGACCCAGCCAUGACCUUAACCAUUAUCCUGCUGCCACUGACCAAGCCUUACCUCCAAACUGGGAAGCUCGCAUCGACAGCCACGGCAGAGUUUUCUAUGUGGACCACGUCAACCGCACUACAACCUGGCAGAGGCCGAGCAUCAGCGGCAAGUGUAACCAUGGCAUCCCUCGGUCAGGGUCCACCCAGCAGAUGGAGCAGCUCAACAGGAGGUACCAGAACAUCCAGAGGACAAUGGCCACAGAGGAGGAGGGAGGCGGUCAGAGGUUAGAGAGGAGCAGCAGCACAGAGACUGAUUCUGACUCUGCUCCAACAGGCCCCUCCUCCCCUGUCAAUCAGCAGAAGAUCAGCCAUCUCCUCCAAUCACCUGCUGUCAAGUUCAUCACACACCCGGAAUUCUUCACUAUGUUGCAUAGUAACUAUGCAGCCUACAGGAUGUUCACCAGCAGUAGCUGCGUAAAGCACAUGAUCCUGAAGGUGCGCCGCGAUUCCAGGAACUUUGAGCGCUACCAACACAACCGGGACCUGGUGGUUUUCCUCAACAAGUUUGCAGACAUGCAGAUGGAGCUGCCGAGGGGCUGGGAGAUUAAGACCGACCCCCAGGGCAAGUCUUUCUUUGUGGACCACAACAGUCGAGCAACGUCCUUCAUAGACCCUCGGAUCCCUCUGCAGAACGGCCGGCUGCCGGGCCACCUCGCCCACAGGCAGCACCUACAGAGACUACGCAGCUACAGCGCAGGGGAGGCCUCCGAUGUGUCCAGGAGUCGGGUGGCUUCUCUGAUGGCCCGGCCAGGAAACAGUCUGGUAGCCGCCAUAAGAAGCCAGCAUCACACUGACUCACCACUGAACCCUCCAACUUACAAUGACAAGAUCGUUGCAUUCCUCCGACAGCCGAACAUUUUUGAAAUGUUGCAGGAGCGACAGCCCAGCCUGAGCAGAAACCACGCACUCAGGGAGAAGAUCCACUACAUUCGGACAGAGGGGACCCAAGGGGUGGAGAAGCUGUCAUGUGAUGCAGACCUGGUCAUUCUGUUGAGUUUAUGUGAAGAGGAAAUCAUGUCCUAUGUUCCACCUCACCCCAUCCACCCCGGCUUCAGCUUCUCUCCUCGCUGUUCUCCCGUCUCCUCACCACAGAACUCUCCUGGCUUACAGAGGGCCAGGGCUCCAGCUCCGUACCGCAGAGACUUCGAAGCCAAACUGAGAAACUUCUACAGGAAAUUAGAAGCAAAGGGCUACGGCCAAGGACCGGGCAAAAUUAAGUUGCUGAUCAGGAGAGAACACCUACUGGAAGGAACCUUUAACCAGGUCAUGGCGUACUCCCGCAAAGAGCUGCAGCGGAACAAACUCUAUGUCACCUUCCUGGGGGAGGAGGGGUUAGAUUACAGCGGUCCAUCCAGAGAGUUCUUCUUCCUCUUGUCUCAGGAAAUGUUUAAUCCGUAUUAUGGCCUGUUUGAGUACUCAGCCAACGACACUUAUACUGUUCAGAUCAGCCCCAUGUCGGCGUUUGUGGAGAACCAUCUGGAAUGGUUCCGUUUCAGUGGUCGUAUCCUGGGCCUGGCUUUGAUUCAUCAGUACCUGCUGGAUGCUUUCUUCACCAGACCUUUCUACAAGGCCCUGCUCAGACUGGCGACAGACUUAUCGGAUCUGGAGUAUCUGGACGAGGAGUUCCACCAGUCUCUGCAAUGGAUGAAAGACAACGACAUCACCGACAUCCUGGACCUCACCUUCACCGUCAACGAGGAAGUUUUUGGCCAGGUAACGGAACGGGAGUUGAAGUCAGGCGGCUCCAACCUGCAGGUGACGGAGAAGAACAAGAAGGAUUACAUAGAGCGAAUGGCCAAGUGGAGAGUGGAGAGAGGGGUGGUGCAGCAGACUGAGGCCUUGGUCAGAGGAUUCUAUGAGGUGGUUGACUCCAGGCUGGUGUCCGUAUUCGAUGCACGGGAGCUGGAGCUGGUUAUUGCCGGGACAGUUGAGAUCGACCUCGGUGAUUGGAGAAGCAACACAGAGUACAGAGGAGGUUACCAUGAUGGUCACAUCGUGAUGCGCUGGUUCUGGGCCGCUGUGGAGCGCUUCAACAAUGAGCAGCGCCUGCGCCUGCUGCAGUUCGUCACAGGGACGUCCAGCGUGCCCUAUGAAGGCUUUGCCGCCCUGCGGGGAUCCAACGGCCUGCGGCGCUUCUGCAUCGAGAAGUGGGGCAAAGUCACAUCACUACCAAGGGCGCAUACCUGUUUUAACCGCCUGGACCUGCCUCCAUACCCUUCAUACAUCAUGCUGUAUGAGAAAUUGUUAAUCGCUGUGGAGGAAACCAGCACAUUUGGCCUGGAGUGA